AAGUUGCAAUCAAAAGGAGCCAACACUGAAGGGGUGGGAUGGCGCCUUUCUCCAUAUUCCAGGAAGAGAAGGAGGCCUGGGGCGGAGGAAGAGAACAAAGAGGCAGUGCAGCAGCCUCAAAGGCACUGACUGGAUCGCCACUUUUUUGAGGGGUUUGGAGUGGAAAGAGUGACUGGAUAGCCCUAUCAGAGUCUGUUGACCUUCAAGGAGGUGGCUGUGUAUUCCAUGGAGAAGGAGUGGGCCCUGCUGGAUCCUGGCCAAGGAGCUCUGCACAUGGAAGUCGUAGAGGAGGAUUAUGGGACGGUGGACUCUGUAGAAACAGAUCUCGAUUCCUGCUGGAAAAUAAGAGAAGAUUCCCUUAUCCUGGAUUACCAAGAAGGGGAGACAUCAACAGAUGAUUGGCAGAACAAUGAGUAUUACCAGGAGCCAUCGGCGGUAUCAUUGGAAGAAGCCAAGUGUGAAGCAUGGGAACAGAUGUCAGUAAGUGAAAGAGAAUCCCAAAUCUGUGAAGAAAGUAAGUCGGAGAACGGGGAAAAUACAUCCUCUACUUCUCAGGGUGCUGAAGUCCGUGAAAUUCUGGUUUCAAAGGAAGAUCGCAAAGGAAAUAGGAGGGAAAUAUGUCCAGUGUGUGGGAAAAUAUUUAGCUAUAAAUCGCAAUUAAACAUACAUUACAGAAUCCACACAGGGGAGAAGCCAUUUCAGUGCAUGGAGUGUGGAAAGAGCUUUAAUCGGAGUAGUAAUCUUACUUUACAUCAAAGAACCCACACAGGGGAGAAACCUUUCAAAUGCAUGGUGUGUGGAAAGAGCUUCUGUGUGAGUGGCAAUCUUACUUUACAUCAGAGGAUCCACACAGGGGAGAAACCAUUUAAAUGCAUGGAAUGUGGAAAGAGUUUCAGUCUGAGUAGUAGUCUUACUUUACAUCAAAGAACCCACACAGGAGAGAAACCAUUUCAAUGCAUGAUGUGUGGAAAGAGCUUCAGUAGUAAAUCUAACCUUAACUCACACUGUAGAAUCCACACAGGGGAGAAACCAUUUAUAUGCAUGGAGUGCGGAAAGAGAUUCCGUCUUCGCACACAGCUUGCUGUACAUCAGAGAACCCACACAGGGGAGAAACCAUAUAAAUGCUUGGAGUGUGGGAAGAGUUUUAGUCAGAUUUCACAUUUUGCUUCACAUCAGAUAAUUCACACAAGAGAGAAACCACAUAAAUGCAUGGAGUGUGGGAAGAGCUUCAGUCAGAGUUCGCACCUUAAUUUGCAUCAGCGAGUCCACACAAGAGAAAAAAUAUUUAAAUGCUUGGAAUGUGGAAAGAGCUUUAGUAAGACCACAGCCCUCACUAAACAUUGUGGAAUUCACACAGCAGGGAGACCAUAUAGUUGCAUCGAGUGUGGGAAAAAAUUCACUGAGAACAAGCAUCUUGUUUCACAUCGAAGAAUUCACACAGGAGAAAAACCAUAUAAAUGUGUGGAAUGUGGAAAGAACUUUAGCCAUAGCUCUAACCUUAUUUCACAUCAAAAACUUCACACAGGAGUGAAACCGUAUACCUGCUUUGAGUGUGGAAAGAGUUUCAGACAUAGCUCAGAACUUAGUUCACAUAGCAGAAUCCACACAGGAGAGAAACCAUAUAAAUGUUUGGAAUGUGGAAGGACGUUCGCCCACAGCGCGUCCCUUACUUCACAUAAGAGAACUCACACAGGGGAGAAACCAUAUAAAUGCUUAGAAUGUGGAAAGAGCUUCAGUCAGAGUCCACAUCUUUCUUCACAUCAGAGGACUCAUACUGGCAAGAAACCAUAUAAAUGCUGGGAGUGUGGAAAGAGCUUCAGUCAGAGUUCACACCUUACUGUGCAUCAGCGGAUCCACACAGGAGAGAAACCAUAUAAAUGCAUGACAUGUGGGAAGAGCUUCAGUAAUAGGACAUACCUUACUUGUCAUCACAGAAUCCAUACAGGGGAGAAGCCGUAUAAGUGCUUUGAGUGUGGAAAGAGCUUCAGUCAGAGUACAAGCCUUAGUACGCAUCAAAAAAUUCACAGAGGGGAAAAGUAUGCAUGCUUUGAAUGUGGAAAAAGCUUCAAUUGUAGCUCAAGUCUUACUUCUCAUCAGAAAAUCCACACAGGAGAGAAACCAUAUAAGUGCUUGGAGUGUGGAAAGAGCUUUCGGUGGAGUGCAAACUUCAUACUACAUCAAAGAAUCCAUAUAGGGGAGUCACUAUAAAAAUAUCACACUGCUAGAAGUAUUUAUAUUUCUUGCUGAAUUCAGAAAGGAUAAAAGAGCAUCCCUCUUCUACCCAGCAGUAAAACUCUGACCUAUUUCUUCUUUGGGUGGCGCAUUGAAGAAACAUAUUACAGCCCUCAAAGGCCAUUAUGGAAGCAUAUUCACCCAGCGGUAGUAACAUGACUGGCCUUUAGCAAGCAAAGAAGCAAGUCUCCAAAUAUAGCUAGCAGCCCUGAACUGUACAUACGUUUAGUGCAGCAACAUUUAGAAUCCUGUCUGCCAUUCUUGUCACUUCUCAAAGAAGAUUUCAUGAAGCUAAGAAAGGCACAGAAAUGGACUUCUGGAACUACAAAGAGCCUGGAGCCCAUUCACGGUUGGAGCAUGUUCACUCUGAGGAGAUGCUGACCCGUUAGUGUUUUUUUGGGGGUGGGGGGAUCUAGAGGUUCCCAACAACUGUUGGAGAAACACCAGAACUCGGUGUCACCUGUUGAAAAUGGUUGGCAAGCUUUGAAUACAGACAAGAGGAAGGACUAAUAUUUUCACUCUGUAUAUGUAAGUACAUGCUGUGGGGAAAAAACAGGGACAGAGCUGGACGUUCGUGUGCCACUUCUGAACCCCUGUGGGCAUCUAUUGGGUGCUCUUGGAGAUAGGGUGGGAUUUUGCAAAGCAGUUCUUAGUUAAGAAGGCCAAGAUUUACUGCUUGUUCUUGGUAAUAAUUGCGUAGUUUAUGAAUGUGGUUAGCAAUAAUGCAUUUAUUUUGCUUUCUCUUUGGAAGUAAUAGACAGAUUAAGAGAUUAGAAUUUCUUAAUGUAUUACAAAGGGGAUAACUGGAAUAAUACUGUUCUCUGUUUUGCAAAUUCAACAAGGCUAAUAAUUCUGAGCUUUUGAAAAAUUAAGGUGUUCAAGGGCUUCUAAACAUGAGUGUUUUCUUUGCUCAGCAGAGGAAUAAACUCUUAGAAUAGCUGCUUCCCUUUAAAGGGUGCCCUUUGAACCAUACACAUCUUCAGGAUAAAACAUUGGUAGGAAAUUCCAGUGAAGUGUCUAAGUUACAUGUGUGUUGGUGUAGUUCCCGUUCCCAGUUUCAUCAUUUUAGCUUGGUGAUAGUUCUGAUUUAAUUUGUUCUAACACCCAAUUAUUUGUCUUUGUCAUCGUCCAUAAUAUCCGCAAAGCAUGGAGUUCCCCAUUAUUCCAUUUUAAACAGUCAUGGCUUCACCUGAAGAAUCUUUGGAACUGUAGUUUGUGAAGAGUUGUUAGGAGAAAAUGGAAAUGGAUUGCCUUCAAGUCGAUCCUGACUUAUGGCUACCCUAUGAAUAGGGAUUUCAUGGUAAGCGGUAUUCAGAGGGGCUUUACCAUUGCCUCCCUCUGAGGCUAGUCCUCCCCAGCUGCCUAGGGCCUGCUCAGCUUGUCACAGCUGCACAAGCCAGUCCCUUCCUUGUCUGCAACUGCCAGCUGGGGGGCAACUGGGCUCCUUGGAGCUAUGCAGCUUGCCCACAGCUGCACAGGUGGCAGGGCACGUAACCCCUGAGCCACUCACUGUGGGGGUGAUCUUUAGCUGGCCCUUGACACCCACGAGCAGGGAUUUGAACUCACAGACUCCCAGCCAGGCUCUCCUCCCCACUGUGAGUAGAAAAAGAGGAAGGCUAAACAAGAGAUGCCAUAAAGGAAGCCACAGAACUUACAAGAUCUGGACAGGGUGGUUCAAGACAGAUGCUAUUGGAGGUCGCUGCUUCAUAGGGUUGCCAUAAGUCGUAAUCGACUUGAAGGCACAUAACGAAAUUCCCUUCACAGAGAUAGAAUUCCCAGAGUUCUCUGGGAGGAGAGAGUGACUGUUAAACUACUCUGAGAAUUGUAGCUCUCUGAGAGGGAAAUUGGAGUCUCCUCACGGCACUCAGCACCCUUCUCAAACUUCACUUCCCAGGGUUCUUUGGGGGAAGCCAGGACUGUUUAAAGCGGAAUAAGGGUGGAAUAAAUGUAUGGUGUGAAUGUGGCCAGAGUUUGUUGGACUCCAUUGGCCCCAGACAUCAAGGCCAACGACGCGGGAUGAUGGGAGCUGCAGUCCAGCAACAUUUGGAGGGCCACAGGCUCCUUAGCCCUAAAACAGGGGCCAUUUCCUCAAUAACUAGGACCCAUCGGAGUGAAGUUGAAGCAAAACAGCCAUCUGCAUAUAAUGAUUGAAGUCUGGUUAAUGGGGUCUGGGAAAAGAUGUAUGGAAGUUGUUGAUGAAAAUGUUUUGGAGAUAUGAUCCUGCUGAUGAGGAAGUCAGUGCUCCAUUUUUCCCCCUGGACUCAACGGGCAUUUUGCCUUCGGGUUCCCAGCAACUCCAUGGAGCAUUACCAGUAGAGGGGGAGGGGAGACUCAGAAAGGGCAUGGGGGAGAUGUGGCUUUCUCCCACAAGUUAGAUUUCUGAAUGAGAAAUAAUGUUUACAUUUCACAUCAGUGCUCUUACAUCCUACUGAUUUUGAUGGAGUCGGCGUGCUUCAGAUUUCAGCCCUAUUUUAAUUUCCAGUAGUGGGCGGGGAAGUGAGACUGGGGAUUUUUUUUAGGGGGGAGGGCCCCACUCAUCUCCCUCUGCCACUGGCUAUGCCAAUAAUGAAUUGGCAGGAGAAGGUAUUCUGCUGGGGCUUGGAGCAGCUGAAGUCUGCAGGGACAGGAACCGGCAAUCUUCUGUGUGCAAUGCCGGUUAGUCUCACUUCCCAAACAUGCAGGGUUCCCGUCUCCAUCACAAGAGAUGCGGCUGUGAGGUGUCUGGAAAUGCCAGAAGCCAUCCUGACUCUCACGGGAAGAACCCAGCAUUUAUGAGUUUGUGUGUCACCAAAAAGAAACAGACACCCCCAACAAAUAAUGGGACCAUCUGAACAAAGGUUGUGAGAUCUUGUGACUUUUAGGGAGUAAGAGGUCAAUCGCCUAAGGCCAGGAAUUCAGAGUAAACAUUUCUCGGGAGACAGGGGUCUUAUCAGAAAACACAUCUGGUAACGCCAGAGCCCCUGCUGACAAUUCCAAAUUUCUCCAUUUGUCUUCGCAUGUCACGUUUGCACUUCCCCUCCCAAUUUACAUGUACCCCAGUGGAGACUCAAACUGUACUUAACCCUGCAGUUUUGAGAGUCAGUAGCACCUCUGUCUUGGGGGAUCAAUGGUUGCCUUCCUCCACACAACGCACCCUAGCAAACAACAUCGAGGCUUCACGGAAUUACGAGAAGUAAGGAAAGGUGAGAGCUUUCAAAUCUAGCAAACAGGGACAGCGCCAGAAGGUGGCCAGGUUGGGCUCUGGCCAAGGGGCCCCUGAAGGGCCCCUCCUCAGGGUGGGAGGGGUGUGCUCCUGCGCCACGAUCCACAGCAGUGUCAGCUCUCGACUUUGCCGUGGAUUGCGGAGAAGGUGCUCCCAGCCACACCCCCAAUACAGACAGCGUGAGCUUCAAUAAGCCCACCCUCAUGUCCCACUUGCCUGUCCCAUCACUAAAUGCUGCGCAUGCAGCUGGGGGUGGGUGGGAAGUGACAGCAGGAGUCUGAUGGCUGGAGGAGGCAAGAGUUGGAGGGACCAGGGAUGCCGCAUCAUCCUCACCCCCACUCCCUUCAACCUGAAAUUGGGCGGGGUCUAGGAAACAUUCCUUGCUGGGCAAAGGAGGGGAUCCAUUUAUGGAUCUCAGUGCUAAGUUCCUAAUGCCUCCAGGGGCCCUGCUUCCAUUUCCUUCCUUCCUGCUUCACAUCCUCCCUCUUCCCAUUUCAGGAAACCUGUUCAGGCUAUAUGUCCCCUUCAGUCAGCAGCCCAGCAGCCGUUUUGGGCUCGUGUUCUGCUGAAUUACAAAGGAAGAGCGUUGUGCUGAGUACCCCCUCUCUGUGGUGGGGUAGAAUUUAGUGCGGUGGGAAGGGGAGAUUUAUUUAUUUAUUUGACUUGUAUACCCCUUUAUAUUUCAAAAAAAUCCCAAAGUGGUUUUACAAAAAUCAAUAUAAAUUCUACAUUCAGUACAGUUGCUAAUAAUUAACAACAAUAAUCCACAUUUUAGGUAACGUAACUGGGCAAAAAAUCUCUAACGUACGUAAAAUGAAAAGAAAGUGAAUCGUAUACAAAACAAUAUAUAACAAUAAUAAAAUAUAUCUCAAAAUUCACAUGAAUGUUACAAAAAGGGCAUUCUUUGAAAAGAUGAGAAAGAAUUGUCGCUGGAAGUGUGGUGGAAUGGCUGUGAAGCCACACAGAAAAGGUAAGAACAGCAGGUAAGAGAAAGGAUUGUAACGUGUGAGGAGGUAAAGAGAAGGUGGAAGAAGGUGUCAGCACAGAGGAAAGAACCACAGGCAAUAGGCUAGUGAUUUGGGUUGGAGUCUGAUGGCUGGUCCCAUAUUCCGCCCAACUGGAAUGCAGCCCCAUCCGGUCUUUUUUUUUUUUCUUUCCCCACUUCAGCCUCCUCUGGUUUGAAUUCAUGCAGUGAAGCUAAAGUAGGAAUUAGGAACAA